GUUACAACGGAGAACGCCGUCAUUCCAAAGAGUUGACGCCUUCUUUCAUAGUUACUCGAAUUAGCCACAGUAACACUUGCAGCCGUGGGGUUCGCACAGUUAUUUUGAGUUUUAUCUUGGAGAAGUUUUUCUGUUCUUUAUUGUUGGAAAAUUUCAGAUGUUGCGAGCGUUUGUUCUUCUGUUCGCCGGUAUGGCGUCCUUUUGCGGUCUAUCAAGUGAGUACGUUCAUUGAUAAUUUUGAAUACUGAGAUAUUGUCAUGUUCUGUGGGCGCAAUUAUUAAACUCUACAGAUAUUUCUUCGAAGUUAGCCUAGUAGACUCUAUUUAAAUGUUUUUGGAGCUAAACGAGGGAAAUUUGUUCAGCCACAUAGGUACAUGUCAUAGGGCGACAGUUGUGAUAAACGUUGCUUAUUCGAAUGGAGAUCUCUUGUGUUGUUCUCAGGCAUCUCGACGCGCGUGGCCUAUUCAUUUUUCACUUUUAGGGCUUCAAUUUUUGCUGCGGUCAUGCAGAGAAGAAACUUUAAGCAGAGACAGUACGGUUUAUCCGUCGCUACCUCAAAAUAGCCUUUGUGAACGCCCCAUGUUCAGUUUCAAGCGGCGUGGCUUUUUUUGGAAGGAAUAGAUUCAGUGCUUUCACUUCCUCGUCUACUCUUCCUCCAGUCACCUACGAUCUGUCGUUUAGUAUUUUCUAAUUUUAAAGAACUCUGAGCCAAGAAAUUUAAAAUUUUACUACCGAAGUAGAAAUCUGGUCGAUUGCAGUGUGAUAUACACGAAGAGUUCAAAAUUGACUUCAAGUCACAUUGUUGAAGAAACGUUGAAAGCUGAAAGCGAGAACGUGUUAUGUCACAAUGUAGUGUGGUCAGUCUAGAGUUGCGUUGUUCUUUCGUUUCAAAUUUUCAAUGUACUCUGUAGGAUCCUUUUCUGUUUUCUGUCGGCUUUAUCUUCAUUAACCUUGUUUCGUCCUUGACCGAUGCCGUACGAGAGAUGUGUUGUCAUGCUACAAGUAUUUCUUACCAAACAUCAACAUUCCUUGUUAGAGCUUUUAUUUAUUUUCAGGAGUGUUCAUAAUACAUUCAGAAUAGAGGUCUCUGUUCAUAAGUGGUUCUUCCUUCUUUUUGGUAGGCAAAUGGAAGAUUUUUGGGAGCGUAACGGGUAUUCCUUUCGUCGUAUUGUUAAGAGUAAACAUAAAUGUCUUCCAUAACUGAAUCACGCGCCCGAUAUGAACUACUGAGAGAAAUCCAUAAAUAAUCAAACUCGCGAAAAGGGUUUCCUUUGAGCUAAAAAUUAUUCUUAAUAUUCAUAGGUGACAAAUGUAGGAAGUCUAUUUCCGAGUGACGUGUUACUCUUUUUAUGUCACCUACUACGAAAUACCCCUAAUUAACCAACUCACCGAGCAAGACCUUACUUUAGCAUCAAAUUAUUUCAUGUUAUUUUUACGAUAAACCACAAGUUUACAUUCUCAAAAGCUUCCAUCUUCCAAUUGAGUUCUUUUCGUCUCUGUAUGUUUACGUUCUAUUGAAAAGAAAGCAUUUCGGUUAAAUAUUUACUCUGUGGGCUUUUAGCUUGAAUCGAACGUGACUUGAGAGAUUCGAAGUUGUUUUGUUUCACUCAAAAUCUAUUGUUACAAGCAGAGCUUGAAUGCCGUCCUGCGCGCGAAAGAUCUGCCGGUUUUUUUAAAUUCUGAGAUAGUUGGAUAAAAAAAAUUUUAACGUUUAGCUUAACUGACAGUGACUUAUAAAGUCAGUACCUAUAGGAAUAAUUACCAGUUUUCAUAUCUCUCUUAAAAAGGACAGUUCAUAAUUUCCCUCGAUUUUCCCUCGUUGAAUAAUUUAUGACAGGAUUGAGCCAAAUCAAUCGGCUCUGGAUUUGUAAAUGUUUUAAGCUCCCUUGAUACGUGUUCUGUUUUACGGCAGUGUACGUCAAUUAAGCUGAUAUGACGAGACCUUUUGGAAAGCUCUGCGAUUUUGCACGUUUCAUCUCUGAUAAGGAUCACGUAACAAACAUUUUGAAAAAGGCUUCUUGUUUGUAAUGUUGUGAUUCAGUCCACUCUGUUUAAUAAAGACAGCUUGCCUACUGACGUUAGUUAGAGACUCCUUAGAGAGGCAAUGCCUUGAAGAGACAGAGUGAAUCUUUAAUUGAGUUGUUGUUCGUUAAGUUAAAAAAAAUUGUUUUAAUUUAACUAAAUUGUAUGUUAUUCGUGAAGCCAUCAAUCUUUUAUGUCAGCUGUUUUUCAUCACAUGUGAAGUAUGAUAAACAAGCAUAGAGGAAACUGUUUGCAUGUUCUAUUUUUCUCUAAGGUCAAAGCUUGUCAUCCAGUGCAUAGUGUAACUAGACAUAUCUUUACGUGGUUUAGUGCACGCGUUUUCAAAUUUUUUAUGUUCUUCAUCCUAACUUUUAACUUUUGUCUGUGUGAAGUUGUUUUUAGCACUUGGAUCAUGGAGGAAAUGGGUCACUUAAUUUAUAUUUUUGAAACUGAGUUCCUAGUUUUAAAUACCUCUUUCCUCUCUGUGCACCCUAUUCACUUAGGGCCCCAAGAUAAUGGGAGUAUUUCGCCCUACUGACUGUCACACAUUUCCUUGCAAAUUGGAUUGGGGAAUUUGGUGUUUGAUCAAUAUAGUACCCUCUUACCGAUGAGGUUGUCUAUUCUCCUUACCUGUUUGCAAGAUGUAUUGGUAAAUUAGACGUAGGCCCAGACUACCAAAUUUGAUAUUUACAUAGCAAUGUUUGAAAGUCAUAUCAAGCGAAAUGGAUUGUUUUGAAGUACUUAUUUACCUUUUCUUCCUUUUUUUUAACUUUUUUUUAUAGUGGCUACUGUAACUCUAUCAAAAACACUCAUUACACCCUCACCUGGAAAGACAAACAGUGUUACUUGUACUGUGAGCGGUGGUGAGAGAUUUAUAGGAUGGUUUGAUCCAGCUGGUAAAAAAGUACCCACAUCAUCCAGUGAAAAAAUUUUUGUGGAAACUACUGGAAAUAAACACAAGCUCAAACUCACAGAUGUCAAGGUCUCCUAUGGGGGAACUUAUACAUGUAAAGGAACCACAAAUUCAGAAUCUUUGAAAGUGCAUGUUGAAUGUAAGUUACACAUUACUUUGCUUAUAACCAAUGUUUCUGCCCAAGCAGCAAAUAUUUGCUGCCUAUAUUGUGGAUUUUGGACGGAAACCUUCCAAGUUCAAACAGCAGUUUUAAACUGCUGCAGUAGUUUUUUAUAAAUUCUCUAUAAGUCCUUUAAUAAAACCCUCUUGAAGCCCUCAUAACUCUUUUCAGGUACAGACCUUUGAUAGUUUGUUUAAGGUCAUGGCUAGAACUGAUUCCUGUAAGCAUUUUGACCUCUGAGAGUGACCAGCAUCUAAUUUCUCUGUACAAUAUUAUACCCCUGAAUCAAACAUUCAGGUCACAGAAUUAGAAGGAAUGAUUAAGUGCAGCUCUUGAUUGUGAAACAAAUUCUCCUUGUCAGCAUCAUAGGGAACGUAUAGAGAAUGGUAUGGAGAUAUUUAUACUGAUGGUAAUGUGUAGAGGAUUAUCUAACAAGUCAACAACUAUAGGCAACCUAGAAAACAACUGGACUUGAAGAGACUCAAUGAAACUGACUGCAACUAACAAUGCUUCCUGUGUCUUCUCUUAAAUAAAGAACAGCGCAAAAUUGACCAAAAAUUCCUCUGUUUAUUUCAGUUGACACAUCAGACGUUGACACUGUGCAGCACAUCCAAAUAGAUAAAGAAGGCACCAUAAGACUUGGCGUUACUGGCUUCCCCACACCAAUCUUUACCUGGAAGAAAGGCUCAAAAAGAGUUGGUCCAAAUGUAAACUCUCGCUACUCAAUUGAAGAUGAUGGCUCAUUAAAAAUAAGUAAAGUGGAAAAAUCAGACGGGGGGAAUUAUACCUGUGCUAUUGAGCAAGACGGCACUGAGGAUGACGUGAAAAUUGAGGUGUAUGCAGUAGGUAUGUAACCUGACAUAUAACAACUUUUCAUAGAUGCCUUAGUGUUUAGGAUGAUGUUAAAAGUAUGAUGCAUUUUGUUACAAUGAGGGCAGUGUUGGAGAGCUCACUUCCUCAUGGAUAAUGCAAGCAGAGCCACUUAAUGAACAGUAUUCGCUAAAUUGAAAAUCAUUAAUCUUCUUUUGCUCAACUUUUGUGAUGUUCUUAGCUUCAUGGAAUACCAUUCAACCAGUUGUAUCUACAUCAGUUAUAGACCCAUGUUUUCCUCAGCUUCUCCUUGUGAAAGGCAGGGGGAAGAGGUCUCACGUCUUUUUGUGUUCCAUGAGUGGUUUGCUUGGGGGUAAAGUUGUCUAAGUUUAAAAAUAAAGCAACUUAUGUUCUUUUUUUGUCUUCCAGAACUUCCAAAGAUCAAGCCAUUUACUCAAACAAAGAGGUACUUAACAGAGGGAUACCCUGUCACCUUCCUGUGCGAGGCCACAGGCUACCCUCUUCCCAAGUAUAAGUGGUUCUCCCCCAAAGGUGUUGAGUUGAGUGAAUUUGGAAACAUCAAAAUUCAAGAUGGUAAUCUGACCUUCACAAAAGUUGACAGUGCUUUUGAAAAAGGCAAAUAUAAGUGUGAGGCCUACAUUGAGAUAGAGGAAACUCAAGAGCAGGUUGGACGAGCAGAAGCUUUUGUUGAAGUGGUUAAAGUUUAUGGUAAGGCUUAGUAAAUUUACUGCAAAUCAUGAUAAUUAACCAGAGUGGCAAGUUCACAAGAAGAAAAUUGGAAUUUGAGCUAGUACCAUGGAUAAAGCACUUAUGUCAUGAAGUUGGGAUCUUGAGUAAUUUAGUUUAUUGUUGGCGAUGUUUUGGCAUUCCUCAUCCUUAACCAGCUCUCUAUCUUUUUCGGAUAUAUUACCACUUCUUUGCAUGCCGAGUAUGGCAGAUACAUAUGCAUUUUUUCCCUUUCUUACCUUAGAUUUUACACAGUAGAAUCUCCUUUGCUUGCAUAAGAUCUUGUUGAGUUUUGCCAUACUCUGGAAAGACUGGCUCUUCAGUAUUUUCCUAUCUUCUUAUGUUAAUUUUUUCUUUCCUGUGGAUCAUUUAAUAAAUGAAUCACUCAUGCCCACUUUGGGACUAGUACAUCAAUUAAAGGCUACUGGUAAACUUCUCAAGAAAAUACAUUCAUUAAGCAAAUGGAGUUUUUGUUCGUGAAUUGACUUCUUUUAGUUGGCUUUGUGUUUAUGGCUCUGUCUAAAUUGCCACCUGAAAGGUAUUUUGGUUGUAUGAGGAGACUUGUAAAAAACCAACAAUUUAAACAAUCACUUUUUUUAGGGUUGUUGUAUCGUAAAACCCUGCUAACUCAAACAUCUAAGGGAAACUUAAAAUGGUUUGAGUUUUCAUGGGUCUGAAUUAUUGAAAUUGGUGCUGAAUUUCACUUAUAUUGUUAGUGAUUAAUAAAGAAAUCAUGUUUGUACCAUUCUUGCACAAUCAAUAGUCAUUUUGUACAUUUGUUUGUUAUUCAAAAAUUUUUUUCUAAGAAUGUUUAGUCUGGAAAUUUUGCCCAAUGUACUACAAUUUCAUGAUUGUUAUCAUGUUUGUUUCAGCGGUGAUCAGCUGUGCUAUGACACUUUGAAAUUUAUGUUCUAAAUUAAAUUACCAGAGUAAAUUUGAGCCAAGGGAAAGUAAAAUUAGUUAAAAUCAAGAGGGAGUUCAAGCAACCCAAGUUUGAGGUAAAGGGGUAAGUUUCUUAAGAAACUGUGGUGCAGCAUUGGUGGGAGAGUAUAGCAGGUAAUUUAGUGUUAACAACUGGGUUGAAGAGGUAAAUUAGCCACCGUAAAGGGUAAAAAGCUGAUGUUUCGAGUGUUAGCCCUUGGUCAGAGUGAUUGGAAAAUUGAAAUCGAAUCGCUCUGACAAAGGACUAAUGCUUGAAACGUCAGCUUUUUUACCCUUUACGGUGACUCAGUUGUUAACACUAAAAUACAAGUUUGAGGUAGCUGUUAGUAUAUGAAAAAUGGGGGUCAAAUCUGGGGGAGUUGGACUCUGUUCAAUUAAGUUGAUUGUUUAAGUUAACAGAGUUCAAGGUGGUGGACUUUGGUAUAUUUACAUUAAAUUAUAAUUGGAUUUCCAUUUUACAGAUGUCAGUUAACUGACAAAUUUUUGAUUUUCCUGUUUUUAGCUGAACCCAACAUUGAUCCGACCCAAGGUGGUACAGUGGAUGUAAAGAUGAGUGGUGAUUACAAAUUAAUUUGUAAAGCCACAGGAAGACCCACUCCAGAUGUGAGAUGGACCAGGAAUGGAGAGAAAGACCCUCGUGAACAGGUGAGGAUCUUAUUGGUUACCAAACGAGUCAUCUCCCGCUUACAUUAGAUCACCUUUGGUUAGGGUGAUGGUACAUUACAUUAAGAAAAAGAUUGUGUGAUUAUGGGUAGAUUGCAUUAGAUCAGUGAUAGAUUUUAUCCUUCAAUUGAACCAAACCAGUUGAAUGCUUGAUGUAUGCGACUGUCAAAUUAUUCACAAGUGACAUGUAUUGUGUGGAAUGUUAUGCUUUCAAGCAUCCUUGAUCAACAGAUAACUGAUUUGAGAACUGUGUUGUGAUUUAGGGAUCAUUUAUUUUUAUACUCAUGUUUUCUUUGUAUUCAAAUGAGGAUUGGGUAACAGUGCAGGUGGCUACCUUAAUCUGAACAGCCAUUAGAAUUUCAUGAGUCACCAGCUUUUCUGAGAGCCCUGUUGGUUUGAGAGGCUUUUGUCUUGUUGGUAGUUUUGAGUAUUUAUAUGAGAUUGAUUUUAGCAGUGGUUUUUUAUCCCAAACCAUACACAGAGCCUUUGGAAUAGAUAACAAUUGUUCAGUUGUCUCAGUUAAUGAAGAAUCAGGAAAAAUCCUCAUCAUACUUUUUGGUCAAAAAAUUUUCAAUGGUCUUGUUUGGCUAGAACUGUAAUCAUACUUCAUGCAGUUGAAGUGGAUGAUGCAGCUGAUAAUUUUGUAUGCAGAGUGCAGCAAAAGGCAAAAAUCAUUUGGUGUGCCUAGUGCAGGGAUUGCAAUUUUUACCAAUUGUUGCUAUUGGUGUACAAAAUUGCAGAUGUCUGACAUGCCCGAUAUUGGCAAUUUUGUGUGCCAAUUGUAGCAAUUUUAUAUGCCAAUUGCCGUGAUCAAAUUUGUUGUGAUCUGCAAAUAAAAUCACCAGGUGUAUUGCUGGUUCAUGUCUAGUAAACAUGAAAGUGGGCAGCCUAUUGCCAGUUGGGAUUGAUACUAUUAAUUUUAAACAAUUGCCAUACAAAAACAUUAGUUUUUAUAUUCUUCGUACUCUUCCCAAUAUAUUUCCUUUGGUAUUGACAAGGAGAAUUUGUUUAAUAAUCAAAACUUGUUAAGAUGGUAAUCAUUUCCUUUAUUUUCAUGAUCGUAAUGAAUGAUUCAGCAAUUUUACUGCUUGGAGAAAGUAGAUGCUGGUCACUCCUAGGGUUUAAAGGGUUCAGAAAAGUUUCAAGAAGGUUGUGUAUUUCUUGUUUGUGUAGCGAACUAGUGGUCAAAGUAUGAUUGAGUUCAGAAGAAUUCAGGUGGAGGAUGGUGGAGUCUACACAUGUGAAGCAUGGAACAAUGCUGAAGACCAAGAUGGAAAACUAAUUGUUAAAAGACUGAACAAAACAAUAAAUGUUGAAUGUGAGUUUCUACACUAUACAAGACUUGCUUAUGAUAGUUAAAUUCUAGUACACUCAUUUGUGCAACUUCAAGGCUCGGCUACUGUUUGCAAUGUAAAUUUUUGAUUGACACUCUUUUACAUGGAUUUUGUGUUUUGUUCUGUUUCAGCUAACUUUUCUGCACAAACUUAAAGCAGCAUAUACAUUAAAAUUUUGGCCAAUUGGAGGGGUGGUUUAUUAAAAUAGAAUGCCUAGUUAAAAGCUACUAAUGAGUACUGAUUCGACUGUUGCUGAUUCUUAAAAAGUUUUGAAUGAUGCGGCAAUAGAAACAGGUUUUCCUUGUGUUGCUGCCAUUUAAGAAAGUGAAGGAGGAGGGGGGGUGCUUGUUCGACAUUAGGACUUUAGGGGUGGGUGCAUAAUUGGGAGAGGGCACCCAUCAGAGUACUCAUGCUUAUCACUUGGGUAAUCACAAACUAAUUUGGAUUUCACUCAGGCUUGCUGUUACUGAUGUAUAAUAUAUCCUUGUAGCUAAACCUAUUUUUGAUGAGAAGGCUUCAAUCAACCCUGUGUUCUCUUACGUGGGGAACAGUGAUCCAACAUAUGUACGCUGCAAAUACGAGGGAUAUCCUACACCUUGGGUUGUCAUGACUUUCGAUGGAAAGCUGAAGUCCAAUGCUACUGGAACAGCAGAGAUCGAGGUUACAACAGAUGCAAUCAAGUACUUUGGUGACUACAAGUGUUAUGCACAUAAUAAGUUUGGAUGGACAAAUAGAACUGUGACAAUGGAAACAGCAAGUAUGAAAUUUUGUUUAAUGUCACUGAGGAGAUUUGCUAGUGUAGUAUGCAAUGUGUGGCUUUAUGACUUAUUUGUACCUUGUUGUAGAGGGAUUUCUUGACAGUAUACCUGAGUUGCUUCACUGAAAUUUACAAAAGUAGCUUGCACACCCUGAAGGUUAUUUUGGAAAGUCUUUUUGAAAUAAGCUAGUUUGUUAAUUUGUUAUGAAUAAGCCACUUUUUUGAUGAAAUUCUGUAGCAGCAUGAAGGGUGAAUCGCUUAUUAGAUCUUGACCCUACAUAUUCUAAUAUCAGUAUACAAUUUCCUCUUACUGUUCUUUCUACUUUCUUGUUUUGUGUCAAGGGGAAUUUGUUUAACAAUCUUAAGGCUCUGUAUUUGUUGGUCAUUUCUUUCAUACUUGUGACUUGAAUGUUCAAUGCAGUGCUAGUGGUGAUACUGUUAACCCUUAAACCCCUAAGAGUGACUAGCAUCCAAUUUCUCCUAACAACAUUACUGCUGAAUCAAACAUUAAGGUCAUGAGAAUUAAGGAGACAAUCACCAACUUAAAAAGCUCUUGAUUUUUGAACAAAUUCUCCUUGUCAGAACCUUAGGAAAUGUCCAGGGAGUAGUAUGGAGAAUUUGCAUACUGAUGUUAGGGUGUAAAGAGUAAAUAGAAAUCGGAUGCUAGUCACUAGACAAAAGGAGGCGGUGUUUGGUAAAAAUAACUUUAUCAGAACUUUUUGUCUUGCUUUUCAGAAAAGCCAAGUCAGGUUCAAGGUCUGAAACCAGUUCCCACCUGCAAUAGUAUCAAACUUACUUGGAAAGCGCCCAGUGAAAAUGGUGGCAUGCCUAUCAACAAAUAUGUUUUGAAUUACGAAACCACGACGCGUAACGUUGAUGGUGAUUCGACAACAUACACGAUUAAAAACCUGGAACGGAACACUCGUUACAGUAUCAAAGUGAGGGCUACCAACAAGGCAGAAUGGGGAGACAUGAGUGUCGUGGAAACAAAGACUACCCAGUUCUGUAAGUAAAAUUCAAUCAUUGUUACCUCUACAAACCUACAACCUACAAAAUUUUGCUGCUUCUGGUCACUCCUUUACACCCCAACAUCAAUAUGCAUGUUCUCCAUAAUGUUCUGUAGACAUUUAGUCACACUUAUGGUUAAAAAUUGAAAUUAGCUUGCAUGCAUGAUUAAUAAGAAUAUGACAUUAAUAUAUUUCCCUUUACAUCAAGUUCUCAUAUGCAUGAUUACACGCUAGGGUUUCAUCCACACUUUUGUAAACUUAAAAGUUGGCAUCAUAUACAUUUUACAUGAACGAUGAUAAACAGUUUCAUCCAUGGACCGGAAGUCAGCAACACCUUGUGUGACAUAACAAACAGAAGUACCAAUGAUAAAAAGGAUUUGCUCUGUAGCUCUUUGACCUCUCGCAAAAAGGUUUUGUCUGCUCAUCAAAGCUGUGAAGUAAGAAUCUGUCACAUCAUGUAACAAUGAACUAAAACAAAGAGUUCCCCUCAUAGGAAAAGGAGUUAGAGCCACCUAACCCCAGGAGCACCAGCUUCAAGUACAACAUAAUAGACAAUAUGAAUCACAAGCAAGACCUUAGCUGGGUCACCCUUUUUUGACGGUAGUGUCGCCGUCCAAGCGGGGUCAACUUUUCUUUUAAUAAAAACUUUGGCUAGCCCACGUGCCCAGCUGGGUCAACUCGGUCAAGGUCAAUAAGAGCAUGCGCGAGUGCUGUUGUAGUUAACACAUAGUGUCAAGAUCUAAGUCCAGCUCAUCAGGCUUGGUAAAUAAGUGGUCUUGGAGUCCUGCUUUUGUAAAGUCAAUUAUUGACUUUGUUAGCUGGGUUCCCUGUUUUUGUUUUCCCGCCUUUCUUGGUCACAUGACCUUUGUCGCUCAAAAAAUGUUCUGUUUACCGAAAUCGUUUUGAUCAACUGCUUGGUGCUUGCGUUUGUCUUUUAUGUAUUUCCUAUGGUUUUGGGCAUUCACUCGAGUAACGAGGUUAGAGAAGCACUUGAGAAAACCAUUAAAGAUGAAUUUGGUCAUUACAGACUUCUUGACGGAAUAUAAAAAUGUCUGUGAGGUUAAUGUCAUCGACGUCAACGUCGACAUAGUGAAAUUUUAUUCUGAUGAUCAAAACUGACUCGAUCAGCUCUUGGCUUGGGCAAAGGGGUAAUUUUUCAUUUUCUCGUUUAAACACUCGUUUAAGGCUAACAAUGACAGUCACAUCGCCUAGAAAUUAAUAACAUUAAAAAAAAAUACCCUUACCUUACGAGAAGAGAUCUCCUCUCUUCCCUGUAGUGCGACCGCAGUUUUAAAACGCCGCCAUUUUGUCUCUAUUCUUUAGGUGCCCCGGGUCGACCAAUCAUCUACUCGCCCAAGGGCGGUCUUCUGGAGGAGGACGAAUUCACAUUAAAAUGGCUGCGGCCUGAGGACGACGGAGGCGACAGUAACAUUAAAUAUAAACUAGAGUACCGUGUUGAGAGGAAAGGAAGCGAUGGACCUUGGAAAACGAUAGAAACCGAGAAACAAGAGGCGAAAAUCAGUCAAAUGGAUAACCAAGAGACUUACAAAUUUGUCCUGGUUGCCAUCAAUAAAGGGGGCGAAAGCGAGAAGGUGAUAAAGUAUUACAACACAAACUAUCCUGAAGGUAAGAUGUAACUCAGUUAACUGUGUUAAUUUGUAUGAUAAGCUGUUUUGCGCGCCAUUACGCGCGUUUUGAUUGGUUCUUACCGUCAACCUUUUAAUAAUUAUUCCACAAGCGCACGUUGGAUAUGAGAUGGUAGAUAGCCAAGUACCACCAAGGAAGUAAGGAUUGAAUGUGUAAGUUUUUUGACUUUCCCCUACUGUUGUCUUUUUUAGAGACAUCUUCACAAUCAAGCCUCGUGCCCAAAGCGUUUCUUACAAUCUGUCUAGGAGGGAUGUAUCUUCUGCUCUGAUAUUUAUAGUGCCGACGAGUGAUAGUUCAACGCAAGAAACAUUCCUCAAGAAGACAAUAUAAAUUUUGUAGUACGUUUGUUAAUAAUCGAUUGUAGUGAUUUAUACAUCACCCAUCGUAAUGGCACCCGGUUUUCUCGGUUCACAAGAUAAGAGUGCGAUUCCGAGCUUGGACUUAUCUUUCUCUGGUCCUUGAGUUGCCAGGCAACCCAGUCAUUGAAUGGAGGGGGCAAGUUUCUAAAGAAACUGCGGAGGUGCGUCGGUGGGGGUGUCACAAGACUGAUUAGGUUAAUCAACUGAGUAUAUAAUUUAAAUUGGCCGCUCUAUGUUGUGACAUAUUUACAUUAUCAACCUACUCAUUGGCUUGCUAGGGAGCUUAGCGUGUGAACGUGGGAAGGACAGUUGUUGUUUACUGACUGGAUGAUAGCUGUCUAAUUCUGCUUGGGAUUCAGUUGUGUUACAAUACUUGGGCCUUUGCAGUAACGUAAUUUUUUUGGAGUGAAAGUGUAAUCGCGGCUCAUGUCGUAUGGUUUUUUCGUGAUAAUGCGUGUUCUUAAUUUUUAGCCAAGUUUCUUACCCUGGAGUGUUAAUAGAGGUUUUUGAAACGUUUGCGUGGUUGUGAUGAUUAAGUACAUCGUAAUUUUUAAGCCGAACACAGUUAACGAAGCGUGAGUCACGCAACGCGUUUGUCUAUUGACCGCCUGCAUUAUGCUCCAAAUCGCGCUCAAAGGGUUUUUCCUCCUUGAACACGAGGCAUUUUCUUUGUCUCACGAGCUCUAAUAUCUUUUAUAUUUACAUAAGGUAUGAAGGGAAAAAGCAGUUAAAUUCACGUGAAAGUUUGGUGAUGAUACUGUAUGUUUUUGAUCGAUGAUGAAAUGGUUUGUAAAGAAGAAUUAGAUUUGUUUUAACAGAGGGCUUUGCAUUUCAGUAUUAAGCUCCCCAGGUUUUCAGCAAAUACUUAAAUUAGAUGAAAUUUAUGGAUUCUAUUUGGUAAAUUUAGGUAUUAUUGAUGAAAAUAUAGUUAUAUUAAUUUGUUGAUGUUUACGGAGUAAAAGUAGUGGUAAUAGAUUGGUUAGGGUUUGUAGUUUUAUUUGCUUGUUUUUGUAAUCUUUUUUUUAAUUCUUAUAGUUUUCUGAUUUCUACAAGAAAAAGUUGUGAACCCUCUC